CGAAACUGAACUCGAUCUCUUUCAGAGAAAUAAAACUUAACGUCUCUUUCAGAGAUAGGACACUAAACUGUGUCUCAUUCAGUGUGAGCAGUGAAAUGGCUGAAGGUGGAGUUUUACUGGAUCAGGACGAGUUCAACUGUUCGAUCUGUCUGGAUCUACUGAAGGAUCCAGUGGCUAUUCCCUGUGGACACAGUUACUGUAUGCGCUGUAUUGAGGGCUGCUGGGAUCAGGAUGAUUAUACUGGCAUCUACAGCUGUCCCCAGUGCAGACGGACCUUCACCCCAAGGCCUGUUCUGGGCAGAAACACCAUCCUGGCUGAAGUGGUGGAGAAACUGAAGAAGACAGGACUCCACGCUGCUCCUCCUGCUCACUGUUACGCUGGACCUGGAGACGUGGCGUGUGAUUUCUGCACUGGGAGAAAGUGCAAAGCCUUCAAGUCCUGUCUGACGUGUCUGGCCUCUUACUGUGAAACUCACCUCCAGCCUCACUAUGAAUUUCCUCCCCUGAAGAAACACAAACUGGUCAAUGCCACUGGAAACCUGCAGGAGAAGAUCUGCUCUCAUCAUGGCAAACUUCUGGAGAUUUACUGUCGUACCGAUCAGCAGUGUAUCUGUAUGCUGUGUAUGAUGGAUGAACACAGCGGCCAUGAAACAGUCUCAGCUGCGGCAGAAAGUACAGAGAAACAGAAGCAGCUGGGGGUGACGAAGAGUAAAUUUCAGCAGAGAAUCCAGGAGAGAGAGAAGGAGCGGCAGGAUCUGAGACAGCAUGUGCAGUCACUCAAGUGGUCUGCUCAGACAGCAGUGGAGGACAGCGAGAGGAUCUUUGCUGAGAUGAUCCGCUCCAUGAAGAGAAGGCGCUCUGAGGUGAAAGAGCUGAUCAGAGAUCAGGAGAAGGCUGAAGUGAGUCGGGCUGAAGGACUCCUGGAGCGACUGGAGCAGGAGAUUGCUGAGCUGAGGAGGAGAGAGGCUGAGUUGGAGCAGAUUUCAAACACAGAGGAUCACAUCCAUUUCCUCCAGAGCUGUCAGUCUGUCUAUGCCCCUCCUGGACCUGGAGACUUACCCAGCAUCACUGUCAGUCCAAACGUCUCAUUUGAGGCUGUGAGAAAAUCUGUCACUGAAAUGAAAGAGAUACUGGAGGAUGUUUUCAAGGCAGAGUUCAAAUUUUCUGGAAGAGUGGAAUACGUCUCUGAUCCAGAGCCCACGACCAGACAGGACUUCUUACAAUAUGGCUGUCAGCUCGCGCUGGACCCCAACACAGCAAAUCGCCACCUCUGCCUGUCUGAGGGGAACAGAGAGGUGACCUGGGUGGGAGAGAUCCAGUCAUGGCGCGAUCAUCCUGAGAGAUUUGACGACUACCCCCAGGUGUUGUGCAGAGAGGGCGCGUCUGGACGCCAUUACUGGGAGGCUGAGUGGAGUGGAGCCGGGGUUGAUAUAGCAGUCUCAUAUAAAGAGAUCAGCAGGAAAGGGAUGAGUCAUGCCAGUAUUCUGGGAGGUAAUGACAAGUCCUGGAGUUUGUGCUGCUCCCCUCGUAUUCACUAUGUCUUUCACAAUAAUAAGAGUGUUAAAAUCCCCGCUCCUGCCUCCUCUAGAAUAGGAGUGUACCUGGAUCACAGGGCAGGAACUCUGUCCUUCUACUGCGUCUCUGACACAAUGACCCUCCUGCACACAGUCCAGACCACAUUCACUCAGCCCCUCUAUCCUGGGUUUAGGGUUUAUAAGAAAUCCUCUGUAAAACUCUGUGAUCUGGAGAGAGAGGGAGACAGAGAGAGGGGAUGGAGGGAGACAGUGAGAGAGAGGGAGACAGAGAGGGGGAGGCAGCUUCGCAGAUUCACGUUGACUCCUGGGACGAUCGGGUUUGUGGUGCGACGCAACCUGUGA